AUGUAUCACUGCAUACUGCCAAGCUACCCUCAACACCAGGAACAACAAGGCUUCAGUGUGAUCACAGUGAACAUUCGAACCUGUACCUCUCUGAAGUCAACACCAUACCCACUCAGACGUGCACAGACUUCGAAUCUACCAACCACUACCAAGGACAAGACUCCGAAUCUACCAACCACUACCAAGGACAAGUCUCCGAAUCUACCAACCACUACCAAGGACAAGACUCCGAAUCUACCAACCACUACCAAGGACAAGACUCCGAAUCUACCAACCACUACCAAGGACAAGACUCCGAAUCUACCAACCACUACCAAGGACAAGACUCCGAAUCUACCAACCACUACCAAGGACAAGACUCCGAAUCUACCAACCACUACCAAGGACAAGACUCCGAAUCUACCAACCACUACCAAGGACAAGACUCCGAAUCUACCAACCACUACCAAGGACAAGACUCCGAAUCUGCCAACCACUACCAAGGACAAGACUCCGAAUCUGCCAACCACUACCAAGGACAAGACUCCGAAUCUGCCAACCACUACCAAGGACAAGACUCCGAAUCUACCAACCACUACCAAGGACAAGACUCCGAAUCUACCAACCACUACCAAGGACAAGACUCCGAAUCUACCAACCACUACCAAGGACAAGACUCCGAAUCUACCAACCACUACCAAGGACAAGACUCCGAAUCUGCCAACCACUACCAAGGACAAGACUCCGAAUCUGCCAACCACUACCAAGGACAAGACUCCGAAUCUACCAACCACUACCAAUUAG